AUGCCUCUCAAAGACUACGGAGUGUGGAAGGCAACACCCACAAGCUUCACUGUCGAGAGGUCAGACAAGGAUCCUGUCAGCCCUCAUGGACACUUGACGUUCAAGGACGGUGUGAGCUCCAAGAAGCUCUCGUCCGCCAUCAACGUCAAAUCAAUCUCUUCAGACUCACGGCUCGUAUACUGGCUCAUCCAGGACUUCAAGCACCCCCUCACGGCGAAGCUCAAGUCCCUGUCGCCUGGUUUCCACAGGCUCACAAAAGACCAACGUGACAUUGCGCUGGAUAUCCUGCGCUCCAAUGUCGUCAACGUCCAGGACGGCAGUGUCGUGCCCCAUGACCUGCCCGGUGACAAGAACGACAUUGUUGAUUUCAUCCAGCCCUUUUUUGACAAUGCGAUCAACAAAAAGGCCACUGUGUACAUCUAUGGUGAGCAGUAUUCCGGCAAGGACGGUCUGCAUGAUGUGCAUAUGAACCAAGGCAGUGAUGGCAAGUUCCGGAGCUCCAAUGGCGUAUACCAAGACGGUAGCGUCAUUGUGGAAUUUGCCGACGGCCACUGGGAGGCUUUCUUCAUCGCCUUUGCUUCUCAGACCGCGGAAACAGAUGACAAAGGCCAACCAAAGGGGCCCAGUUUGGGUGAAUUGCUGGGGAAAAAGGCUCAGCCCGGUGGAGGCAAUGACAACCCUGAUGAGGGUGAUAAAGAGCCAGGUGAUGGUGGUGAGGGACCCAGCCGACCAUCCGACGCUGUUGUUGCUAUCGCAGCCGCCCUUGUCAACCCAGACGGCCCGGAUGGUGGUGAGAAUCCAGAAAUCGUUUACGUAGUCAACAAUGGGCCGUCCUCGGUUUCUCUGAAGGGGUGGACGAUUGAGAACCAGAUGGGGAACUCUUUUGCCAUACCUGCUUCAUCCGUUCUCAAGGUUCAAGGCGAUAAGGAGGGGUUCAAUGUGAAGGGGGUCCCGCUGUCAAAUAAAGGAGGAUCAAUCAUCUUGAAGAACGCGGAGAAGCAGGUAGUCGACAAAGUCUCGUACACCAAGACACAGGCAUCUCAGUCGGGCGCUUUGGUCUACUUUCGAUGA